AUGCUCGCUGCCUGGAUCGCCUUGCGCCGUGCCGCGCGGCUGCGGCGCGAGGGGCGCUCGGCGCUGCAGCUCCUGUCUCGGAUGCCACAUGGGCCCUGCAAGGUGCUGUCAGGGUUCCUGGAUCUUCCGCAGCUGGAGGUUCUUGCUGAGCUGCGCCCGGCCUGGGACUUUUCAACGGAGCUCCGGCUUGCAGAGCGAGCCCUCGAGCGCCAAGCUUGUUGGGCCGUGCUUUGCGGCAGCGAGGUCUUUCAGCCUUUCGGAUCCACCAGUAGCUUCAAGCUUCAUGUCCUGCGCAAGCAGCUCUCACAGACGGUCGUGUGCUCUUGCACGGAACUGUCUGUAAUCACCGCGGAGAGCACGGGCAAGAGAAAGAUUAUGCUUGGGGACAUUUGGUACGACGCCAUGACCCAGGCGAUGGAGAAAGAUGUCCCGGUGCUUCAGUGGUUCGUGGCAGACCGCCAGGAGCCCACCGCCGUGAACGGCGACACUUGGCACGGCGCGGCUCAGGCCCUCGGUACCCUUGGAGGUCGCAGCUGGGUCGAGCGGGCCCGGCACCUGAAGAUGCGAAAGACUUCCUGGACCUACAGCUGGUACACUCUGACCCUACCGUUAUUCCUCGAUGACAUGAAGGAGGCGGACGCCUUGCUGGUCCAACUCGGCCUCACUGCCAGUUGA